UCUUAACCUCCUUAUCCUGUGUUGUUUCUUUCUCUUCCGGUCUGAGUCUGUCUGAAAUCCCCGGAUCCCUAGAUGAAGAUUAGCAAGUGUGGAUGACGGAACCUUUCGGUUAAAAAUCAUUAAUUUUCACUUCUAAUGACAGCUGCAUGAUUGUUAUUAAGCGCAGAUCGGUCCCGCCUCGAUGCUCGGUGCCUACCUUCAGCUGCCGUAAUGGCGAGCUUUUGCCUUGAGUUUCCAACCCCCGCCCCCGCUCACUUUCAUACACGCCCAACUCAUUGACCGCCUUCCUUGACCUGACCUCUUACUCUCCUUUUCCCUCGAUUUACUCAGCCUGGCGUAUCACUGCCAGACGCAUCAACACUGGCUUCCUCCCGGGGUUCCUUUGAUUGUCGACCAUGGCGGACCAAGAUAUCAAGCCUUCACCUACUUCUAAUGCCUACCUAGGUCUCCAGACAGGACUUUAUGUGCUGGCGCUCGUUUGGACAGGGUUUCGACUGUGGAUUCGGAGGGGACGGCACUGGUGGGAGGAUCUGUUUGCCCUGAUGGCAGCUUUUGCUUGUAUCGUUGGCUUGGUGAGCUUUUGGUUCAUAUACUGGCCGAAUGCUCCAGAAUUUGAUUAUGCGUUUAUGUGGCUGGAUAUCAUGACGAACUGGGUGGUUGUCUGGUCCACCCGCGUUAGUGUCCUACUCUCUAUCCUCCGCGUGGCAACAAAACCGCGCAUGCGCAUCAUCAUCCACGCUAGUCUCUCCCUCUUUGCAAUCUUCGGAGCAGUCUCUUUUGCGUUCAAGAUGUGGGUCUGUUGGGAUAACCCAUCAUGGAGAGAGACAGCCUAUCUCCAUUGCCGGAACAGUCAUGCAUACGCGUUCGUGCAGCUAAGCACCGAUGUCGUCAGUGCGCUCAUUCUCGUAACGCUACCCAUAGCAAUGCUCUGGGACAUAAAACUCGCACGACAAACCCGGAUCCUUGUCAUAUCUAUUUUUGCUAUGAGCGUUCUCAGCGCUGUUGCAAGUAUCGUUCAUGUAGUUUUUAUUGUGCCAGCGACGUCUGAAACCGGUAUCACCAUGCAUAUUCAGAAUGCUAUCGACUUGAUUGUCUGUAACCUCCUCGUUACCGUCACAUUUAUCUAUCGCGUACUAUUGCGCAAGAACGGGGCGCACAUCGACGACGGCACCUCGCACCAGGGCAACGACUCAAAUGGCGACAUCGAGGAUAGUCCAGAGACCGUCAAAUUCACGACUGUUAACCUCGACUCGCACGAGUCGUCAUACGCCUUUGAUUCCUCAGAUAGCUCAUAUCAGGGCAGGUCGAACGUUGCCUGGGAUCGCGGCUUGGGACAAUCUGCCAGGUGGCUGGAAUGAGGCCCCAGGUGCAAGAAUGGAUGUUUCACCGCCUUCCGUCAUCAUGUUGUCUCCUCUGGGUCAUUUCAGACUUGCGAGUUGUUCGUCAAUAAGGGCAUUAUAUGUAUUUGCAUCAAGUCAGCCACUACUACCAUAGCAACGAAAAUGACCAUUCCGUCGAGCCUGCUUUAUGAAAGUGACUCAUUUAGCUAAAACCGGUCGAAAACUUUACGAGUCUUAUCGCGUCUUUUACAGUGUCAACGGACCGAGCCAAAUAAACGGCCAUGUAUUGCUCAUCCAAACACAUUCGAGCGCGUUCGCGUUACCAGUAAGAUUUCACAUGAAACAUAAAUCUAUGUUCAAU